AUGCGUGAUAAAUUAUACACUUUCAAGGAUGAAGAAUGUAGAGUGGACUUUUAUCUAUAUUCUGCAAUUAGUUUUGUAGCUUACAUAGUAGCAUGGUGUUUAAUUGCUGAGAAGAGUACGAAGUGUUUAAAAUUGUUAAAAGUUUAUAAUUCUAAAGAUUAUUAUAUAAAGUCUUUGGUCAUGUGGUAUUUAAAAAGUCCUGAAGGAGUACUACUGUAUUUGAAUCCAAAUAUACAGAUAACAUUUGGUAGGAAAAAAGCUGACAUUCUUUUGCUGAAUGAUGAUUCAAUUAGUAGAUUACAUGCUUCCAUUUAUAUUGAGCCUAAAAAUGUGAUAGAGAUAAAUGAACCUAUAUCAACAUGUACAUUGAAAGAUAUAGGUUCUAAAUAUGGCACGUAUAUUAUGCAAGGGGAAGAAUGGAUACAGAUAUCUGCAGAAGGAUAUCUUUUAAAGGACAAAGAUACUCUACGGUUUGGUUUGCAGGAUCAAAUAUUUAUGGUAGUAUAUGUACCAAUAAUAGUAGUGAUAUCUAAUGUAAAUGAUAAUGACAAGCGUAAACUUAAGAGUUUAAUGGAUGAAAUAGAUGGUAUGAUUUCCACUGAGUGGACAAGCUUUUGUACUCAUUUAACUGUGUCAACAGCUACACUAACUGAAAAGGUCUACCUACAUAAAUUUUAUAAUUUAAGAAAUAGGAGUAUAUUAGAUAUGAUCUGUGUCACUUGGGCUAUGGCUUUUGUAGUGCCCAUAAUAACUAUAAAUUAUUGGGAAGAAGUUAAGUGUGCAAUGAAAAAAGGCAAAGAAAUUCCAGAUCCAAAGAAUUUUGUUCCACUAAUUGGAGAGUCAUUGGUUAAUAAUCAAAACGUAUCACUUGCUCCAAAUGAGAAAAGGAAGACAUUAUUUCAAAAUUUGAUAUUUGUAUAUUUUAGUAAAAGCCAAUAUAAAACAUAUGGGAAAAUGACUAAGAUGGCAGGUGGUAAAUCAGUUUUAUACAUAAAGAAAGCAUUGACUCUUAGAGAAUUGUGUGCUGCAAAUGUUGUUAUAGUGCAAUAUGCUUCCAGUGAUGCGACGCAAUCAACGCAAAGCGUUGUACUUGAAAGUGCUGCUUUAUAUAAAAAAUUACAUGAACAUGGUCGUAGAAUGAUAUCAGAAACUGAAAUUCCUCUUGCGAUUUUACAUUGUUCUGCAGAUAAAUAUUGCAAUCCAACAUUCAAGUUCACAGAAUUUUUAAAGAGAUCGCAAUCAAAAUGCGAUUCAUCUAAAGUCUUAGCUCUCGAUACGCAAGACGUAACGCCUGAAGUGCAAAUAUUACCGAAAGUAAUUUCCAAUGUUGUUGUAAAGUCCAAUUUUAAUCCAAAAGAUCUUAAAUAUAAAAACGUAAUUAUUCCUGAUACACAUGGUGAGUUUAGUAGCCAAGAUCUAUUAAACGUUGGCCUUAGUGAUUCGUCUAAAGAAAAAUCAAAACCUACUAAGCCUUCAAUCCAGGAAACGGAAAAUACUUUUAAUGAUAUUCCAGUGAUGAAAGAAACUGAACAAAAUGUUAAAGUAAUACAUCCUAACGAGAGCGUAGUUUAUAUUCCUGAAACAUACGAUUCAUCUUUCUCGCACUCAGCACAAUCUAUCGCUAAGGAUACUCAACCUUUAGAAAUACAACAAAAUACAGACAUGCAGGAGAUUGAAUUGCCAAAUGAAUCAAUGGUAGUUAAUAAAGGAACUCCAUCCAACAGAACAAUAAAUCUCAAUACAGAUAAAGAUAGUGAAUUAGAAGAAACACGGUCGAGUACAAAUAAAUGCAAUGAAGAUUUAAAUAAAGUUUCCACGCAAAAGGAAUCGGCUAAUGUUUUUGAAAUACGCAAUACAAAAGAGGAAAGUCCAGAAGUACAAAUGGUAAAUUUACCAGAAGAAUGUGAUUUUCAAAUAGGUACGAAAGAUGAUAAAAAUUCUGAAGUAACGUCACAAACAUUGCAAAGAAAUGAAAAAAGACCAAAGAGAAGAAUUAUUAGUUCUGAUGAAUAUGAUAGCGAUGAUGAUGUCAUUAUAUCGAGUAAUAAAAACAUAUGUGCAAAUACUUUGGGUAUGGAAAAUAUAAGCAGAUUACAACCAUGUGCUUCUAGUACAUUUAUUGAAGAUCAAGGGAGUCAUAGUUCUUGUUCAAAAAGUGGUCUGCCGUCCCUUGGAAUUAAUCUUAACCAGAAGAAGUUUAAAAAGGUUUACAAUAGAGUUCCUAAAAAAAGGAUAACCUUAGAUGAUAUGUUUGUGUGGAGGAUAAGCAAUGCACAAAAUUACCAAUAA